AAUGCAUGGGGUUAUAUGGUACUCUUGCUCCACCUUUUCCAGGAGAACUUCAGAAAUCUUUUCUAAAUCUGGGUCUCUCAAGCACAUGAUUGAGAGGUGACGUGUAGGCCUCGGGUAACAAAUAACUAAGAUAAUUAGGAACUUGAUGCGAGGUUCUGUAAUUAAUUGUAACUUCACCACAUAUCAUGCAUCUGGACCAUUUACCCAAGCUGUAGAUUAACCAAUCUCCUAAAAUAUUAGUACAAAUUUGAACAGGUCUGAGAGAAAGAUUGUAAGAAUCAAAUAAGUUACUACAUAAAAGAAAUAAUAAUUAGAUUUAUUAGUAGGCAGAUCGACAAAUAAAUAUAUGAAUAAACAGUAAAUAAGUUGCAAACUGAUGUAGCUUGCAUUUUCACCUCAAAAAAAGAAUUGACCUACAUUCAGAUCUCAACGGAAUAUACUUUUACCUCGAAAUUUUACGCACCAAAAGUCAAACACCGCUGCCACACUUAUCCCGGCCCUUCAUUUCUAAUAUUCAAGGACCAUCUGACAACGUAACUGAAGUUAUUGAAUAGGCACGCGCCAACGCUAGGGGAGAGUUUAUUUGGAACCCUGGUAACUAGUAAACAAUUAUGGAGAUUGAGGCGCUCAGGGUAGCCUUUUAUCGCUUAUUAAUUUUUGUGUAGAUGGUUCAGAGGCAUUGAGUAUGCCACAGAAAUAGAACAAACAUACCUUUGCUUUCAGCAACGAGAGGAUUUUCCUUUCAGCGUUCAGCUGAAAGCAAAUGAUUUAAUGCUCUAACAGCAUAACAAGGAGAUCAAGAUUGAUCAUCUCUCAGACAGCUGUACGAACUACGUUGUGCUCUGAAUUCAGUAUCACUUGAACUGCGUGAGUAAGAAUCCGAUGCAUGGCCCAAGAAACUUCCUUAAUUUCUCAACAUAUAUAGAUUCCUUGGACCAAGAACUCACCCACCUUCCUCCAAUUGUAAUGCUUAGCACAUGAGAUGGUAGCCAAAAAACCAUGGGUAGAAAGCAGAACACAGUCUAUACUACUAUUUGCUGCUACUGCUUCAGUAAUCUUCCCCUCCAUCAUGUGCCAAACCUGUCAUUAUAUACCAAGGAAAACUGAACCUAUCAUUGAAAUAACUUCAGCCAGUGAAUUUUGUUUUUGUGAACCUGUCAAUGUCACUUGCACUGCACAGGAAAAUAAGGACUAUUCACACAGAUAUGAUUCCAAGCCAACUUUUAUUAACUGGUUUUAUGGCAAAGAGUUCAAAAAACGAUGUUGGGCGAAGUCAGCAGAUACCUCUCUGACAUGUUCUUUGGUCAUUGACUCCCUGACGUCAAAGAAGCUUGGUAACUACACUUGCCAAGCAAGUACUUCAAAUUACCACUGCAGUAUAAAACACUUUGAAAUUGAUAUUCAUGGUGUUCCACCCGCAGAAAAGACAACUGAAGCUCCAACUAACCAAAGUAUUGUACCUGAGCCCAAUGUGACGAUAAACUGCACUGAUUAUGGCAAAAAUCAGUGUGCUAGCAACAAGACUUCUGAAGAUGAGACAGUACAAGGAGGGGUAUACCACAGCUCACCGGUAACUACUAUUUUAAGGUCACCGGAAACACACAAUUUUUUAAAUGGCAGAGGAAGUUCAGAACGAAACAUGAUCGCAGUAGUGGUACCCAGUGUCAUCUCAGCUUUGGUAGUUUUUGGCAUUGGAGGUUUUCUGUGGUUUCGUCGAGGAGUUCAACGUAGAAGGGACCCUGGGAAUCCUACUCCUGCAAAUGCAGACGAACUUCCUUUGAUUGUAAUACGAGCGCAUGAAGAGUUUUCAUCCGAGGAUUUAACCGCGCUUGUACGUUUGCAAGAAGAAUUCGGAACUACGAACAACUCGAACCAUAUUGAGACGUCUGCAGAACCAGAUGAAGAGCCAGUAACUUUGCCUCUGAUUACCUCGGUAAAUGCUGACGGGCAUUCAUUGUUAACGGAAAUACGAGUUGAAAUUCCAGAUAAAAAUUCUUUACUUGGCACAAAGUUGUGCUCACGGCUUAACAAUUCAGACAAUUUCUAUCCAGAAAGACCUCCAAAACCCGUCAAAAAAGGUAGCACAGAAAAGCAGAUGAAAUGUUCAUGCAUGACAGUCCCAGAAAACCAAAGCACUAUGCAGAGCAAUUUGUCAAGUAAAGAUAGUGGUUAUGAUAGUGCAGAGAGCAGAGAGAGCAUUUCCGAGAUGCCUCUGGAGAACAGGAACGCCUGGCAAAUCCGGUGGGAUGAACUAAAAGUCCUUGAUGAAGUGCUCGGAAAAGGAGGAUUUGGAAUUGUAAAAAAAGGGUUUUAUCGUGGUGAAGAGGUGGCAGUGAAACAGUGUAAAGCUGCGUUUUCAAGGUGCGAUAAGGACGACCUACUCAAUGAGAUAAAGAUGCUGAAGCAGGCUGGAAGGCAUCCUAACAUAGUCAGUUUUAUUGGUGCCUGCACUCAAGAAGAUAAUAUUCUGCUAAUAACAGAGCUGGUAUCUGGAGGUAGCCUGGAAAGUUUAUUGAGGUCUAAACCUCGUAAUUGCGGGAAAAACCAAUAUGAGAACGUAAAAUGUCGGAUGACUGAGCGAGAGCUGUUACAAGUUUCCUUACAGGUAGCCCUUGGAAUGCAACAUUUGGAAGAAAAGAAGUACAUUCAUCGCGACCUAGCGGCGAGAAAUGUUUUUAUUGGCGCAAACAAGAUAGCAAAAGUAGGAGACUUUGGAUUGGCUAGAGACGUUUCAGACGGAGGCAUUUAUACCAAGACCUCUAAUGGUGGAGUUCCAUGGAGGUGGUCUUCUUUAGAAUCCUUAAAAUUUGGGGUCUACACAUCCAAAAGCGACGUAUGGUCCUUUGGAAUUUUGUUGUGGGAAAUUGCUACUUAUGGAAAGCUCCCUUACCCUGAUAUAUUCGCAGUAGAGGACCUCAUUGAGUGGUUAUCGUGUGGUAACCGGAUGCUUUGUCCUCUUAAUUGUUGCAAACCACGGUAUGAGUUGAUGAGUUGCUGUUGGGAUGGAAAUCCUUUAAUGAGGCCCACUUUUGCAUGUAUUGUAGAACAACUGGAGAAGUUCUCACGUGUAGAAUACAAGAGAGAGUAUGUUAACUUAAAGAGCGAUGACUUUGGUAACCAAGUAGAAGUGUAGAAUUCGCAGCAGAGAAGACGCUGUAUGUAUACCAAAAGGCGUGUAAAAAAUGCUCAACCAAAUUUGCAUGUUUUACAUUCGCCAUGUAGAAAAACACACAUUAGAGGAAAUGUUAGUGUUUAGAGAAAAUAAGAAGUAACACUUUUUACCAAAGGUUUUUAAUGUACUGAAAACUGUUAAAUGCCAAUUCUGAAAUUUCCUUUACAACAAACUUCCUGCUCUAAGUCUUAAAGUGCACCUACACCCAAAAAAUUUUUUUCGCUUAACGAAGUAAGCUUAUUAUUUUGAGUAUUU